UUCAGCUGGCCGCAGUCAGAGUCGAACUUCAGCAGAGAAUACUUGAGGCAUCGAUCGAGAAUCGGUGCAGACAUGACAUCGAGCCUACUCUCAACCCUUUCAAGCAUCUACACGGGGAUGUUCAACUUUGUGAAAUCGCGAUUUCCCUUUGUGAUUGAGGCUGCCAUGGUGACUCUCUGCUUUGCCUCCAUAGUGGGCAGAUACUGCAUAAUGAUUUGAACAGAAAAUCAUCCCACACCACGAGGCACACACAGCACAAAUGUAAAUCGAACGAACUUUAUAUUUUAGAUGUGUGUUUGAUGUGAAUAAAAACUAAAUGCUUAAAUCUAA